AUGGAUUUGCAUGCAUUCAAUAUGUGUAGCACACCGUUGUUGAUUGUUGACUGUGUAUGCAGGUCAAGUUACCACCAACCAACAACCACAUCCAGUGCAUACAUGACCAUUCCUAGAAUGACUGCCAAGAAUAUUCGCAUCCAAAAGUUGAUUUGUAAUACCGUGUUUGUCAUUUGUAUCAAUGUGAUCACCGUUAUUCUUGUCGAUAUAUGCAGUCAGUACAAUCGGUACAGUGUAUGCAGACUGCCAUCAGGUCGCAUAAUGGCCGUCAACAUAUUGACUGAACUGUGUGUAGCAGAACGAGCAAAUGGAUUGGGUGGUUCAUCAGGUGUAUCAUUUGGUGUAUAUAAUGCGACUCGACAGAAUGUGACCAAUAUCCUGUUGUUUUCCGGGUGUCUGGUGUGGACCAGCUGCUGUAUCAUAUCAGCUAGUCGAUUUCAAGAUAUAUCCGAGUCGAGAUCAGUUGCAUCGUCACGAAUUGGAACAGUUUGUAUGGUGGAAGUGAAUCACGUAUAUGCAAGUACUGACAUUACUGCAAGUCAAGUAAAUGUCCACUAUCAUCCAUAG